GUCGUGACCAAAGACAUGGUUACCUUGGAGAUAGAUGCUAUCUGCUACUACCGUUUGGAGAACGCUUCUCUUCUCCUCACCACCCUGACCAGCAUCUCCAGUGCCAUCCAGCUGCUGGUGCAGACCACCACAAAGCGCCUCCUGGCACAUCGAGCCUUCUCUGAACUUCUCUUGGAAAGGAAAAGCAUUAGCCAGGAGAUAAAGGUGGCUUUGGAUGCAGUCACAGGCUGCUGGGGGAUCAAAGUGGAGAGAACAGAAAUCAACAACGUGCAGCUGCCUGCUGAAAUCCGCCAGUCCUUGGCUGUGGAAGCGGAGGCCCAGAGACAGGCCAAAGUGCGGGUGAUUGCUGCUGAGGGGGAAAAGGCUGCUUCUGAGUCCCUGCGGAUGGCAGCUGAGAUCCUGUCCAGUGCCCCUGCUGCUGCUCAGCUCCGUUACCUCCAUGCCCUGCACUCCCUUACCGCAGAGAAGCCUGCUGCUUUCAUCCUGCCCUUGCCUUUGGAUGCCACGAACCUGGUCCCUCUGGCUACCCACAGCCCUCCAGCAGCAAGCAGCCUCCUCACAGACACCACGAAACUCCCAGAAAGCCCGGAAGACAAGAAAGACUCACCCAUGCUCUAA